AUGUCUCGACGAAGGGAGAGGGAGGAUCAGGCGUCGGAAGACGGUCGUGAGCGAGGCAGAGCGGUCGCGUCUGUGGUAAAGCAGGACAACUGUGCAAGGGAGUGGGGAGCGAGAACGCUGAAUGGAGAUCACGCGGUCGUAAGGGGGAAACGAGGAGACGAGAAGAUAUCGCAAGGGAAGUGGAGGAACGCUGCGCAAACGAGACAGACGAAGGUCCACGUCGCGCGCACAAACUCCUCGCCCCGGAAGAGAGAGACUGGGUGGUGCGAUCCAAACCGUCUCCCAGCUCGAACCAGCGAACGCACUCUCGACGAGGAUCCGCCCCGGAAGCGCAGCCCGAAGCGCCGAUCGUCGUGUCGCGAGCGGGAUCCGCACGGACGACGGCUAGACAGAGCACCGGCGGAGGGCGCGGGGAUGAGACAGGCGGGCGCAGAUCGGGCCCAGCUGCAUCCGGACGACGCUAGCCGCUGUCUGUUGCGCGCGAUCCGGCGGCGUCACUUGCGCCGCGCGGGAUGGUGCAUAUAUGCGCCGAAAGAGAACGAGAGGAGGGACGGGGUGGAUUGA